CGAAACGUUCUCAUUCUCAGCGAGAACUGAGAAGAGAUCGAGCUAAAACUCCAAGAAAAGCCAUCAGAGUGGAGAGAGAAAAGAAAGGAAAAUCAAUGAAAGGAGCAUCACCCCAACUACUCUUGAAUAGUUGUAGUGAGAGUGAACAUGAAGGAGAAAAGAAUGGAGGGAAGGCAAGGAAAGUCAUCCAAGAAGAAUGUGGUGAUGAAAUCGAUGGCAUGGCAGAGAAAUUCCAGUGCUUGGUCCUCCACAAGCGUGAAACACCCAAACGAGGUGAAGAGCUGUUCUGGGAGAAAGAGAGUCUGUGGAGACAUGAGCAGAAGAACAGAGCAGCAAGGCUAGAGAAGCAACUGAAGACAAAGUGGGAACUUGAGGAUCUAAUUGAAGAACAACUGAACAGGUUUCGUGCCCAUUACAACCGAGCCACAGUCCCUACCCGCCUCAAGGACGUGGCCCAACUCCUCAUGCCCAAAUGGGCUCCGCCGCAGCAGUUGGCCUCCCUCACCUGGUUCGGCGACUGGCGGCCCUCCGCCAUGCUCGACCUUGUCUGUGGCCUGGCCCGCUCAUCAUUAUCAGACUCAAUGAGGGGCAAUGAAGACCUCCUAUCUCAGCUCACACAUGAUACACGUAUUGAGGAGGCAAUACUCGAUGAGGAAAUGGCUGAGAUUCAAGCUACGUGUAUCCUUCACCUUCCCUUCACUCCAAUCAAAAACCGCUCAGCUGGGUUUGCCUUGGGAUGUAUUCAGUCCGAGUUCAGGAAGAUUGAACGUGUCAUCACUAAGGCCCAAAACCUCAGGUUCAAGGCAUUGGAAUUGGUGGUAAAGAAGUUGUUGAGCCAAACUGAUGCAGCAGAAUUCUUAGUCGCAUUUGAGGGAAUUCAAGAUGUCAUCCACCAGUUUGCAUCAACCCAAAGGCUACGAAAGGGUCCAGCCACUUUAUCAUUCAAGGCCUUGGGGUAUACUUAAGAGCAAAGAAAUGCCGGUAGCCAACUCCUGUUUGUGAAAAUUGUAUAGAUAAUGAACAAUAUUGUGCUUUCAUGAAAACAUUAUUUGCUUUUUUGCAAAUUUUGGAAAAAUUCUUCUCAAUUUUCAAACGCAA